UUUCAGUUACAGACUGUGCAUGAGGCAAAGAUCUGAAAACGUUUCUACCAACAAUGGUAUUACCCACCGCACUUUUCCCUACUCCAGUUUUCCCGAUCAUCACAAUCCUUAGCGAAGGACCUGCAAACAGAAAUGAUCAUGUUGCUGAAAUGCUACACAAUGAAUCUGUGCUGAAGUCAAAUCCUGACUGAGUUACCAUGUGGGAUGGAGAACUUCACUCCCAUUCUUUUCUCUGCCUGGUUUGUUGGUGGAAUGAGCGUCGCUACAUUUGACUAUAGGUUUUACAGUGCCGCAUUCCAUCAUGCUCCACCCACAAAGGGGAUGUAGCAAGAGGAGGAGGCAGUGGCGUGUCAGCCUUUAACUGCCUCCUCCAGGUGGGAGAGUGCUCAGACCUGGUCCAGACAGUCUGCUCACACCAACCUGCUGCCUGAUCUAAGUCAACUAGGAGAAAUGAGUUCGGACAGACCAGCACCACCAUUUCCCGACAGGUUAGUCAUCGCUCUUGUAGGAAAGACAAUGAAGUGGAAGAACUACAUUGGGAACAUUAUCCUGCAGUCUAAGGAGCAGUUUGCGUCCCUGGACAACAUGCUGGUCAAGGGGGAGAACGACUCAUAUGUGGUCUUCAACACCCCAGACUUUCUAGAUGAGGACUGCCAACACCUAGACCAACAAAUUAUAGACUUCAUGGCUCUGUCUUUACCUGGCCCUGACCUCUUCAUUCUGAUAGUAGACUCGGAGAGCUGCACGGAGGAGAACGUGGUCACUCAAAUCACCAAUCUCCAGGAAAUCUUCGGGGAAAAAAUCACCGACCACCUGGUGGUCAUGCUACCGAGCCCAGAAGUCUUCAAUUCCUUGAUCUUUCUGCAGGAACGCUUCAAAGUCCGACUGGUGAUUCCUGACCAGCACCUGAGCAGCAUAUGCAGACGGUGGUGUAAAAGAGGCCAACCAUUUCUCUACAACUUUCAUAAUUACAGUGAAGCCGUGGUGAAACGGAGACAGAAAGUCUUCGAAAGAAAGAGAUCCAUCCCUGAGUAUGAGACAGUGAUUAUUGGUCCGGCCCAAACUGGUCCGUCUACACAAAAUCCUGCACCCACUGCAACCAAUGGUACCAAUGGAAACAUUUUCAACAUCAUAAUCCUGGGACUAGCUGGGGAAGAGUGCAACAUGCAGCCCCAUCCUGACUGCUGCGAAAUCAGAGGGGCAGCUGUUUAA